AUGACAGAAUCAAGUAAUAGCAAUCAAACACCAUCUAUCAAUAUCAGAGAUGUAACAGAAGUAGUAUCUUCGAUUCAAGAAAAGCUAUGCCAAAAGUCUCCAAUACCAUCUAAAUGUUCUAUAUUUAGAGUCCCAGAGCAACUACGUAGGCACAAUAAAAAGGUUUUCAAGCCAAUGUUGGUUUCGAUUGGUCCAUUUCACCACGGGAAGGAGAAGCUACAAUCAAUGCAAAAAAUUAAGUUAUGGUAUUUGCAUUGCCUUCUCAAUCGAGCACCAACUAGGAAAACUACCUUGAAGUGCUUUGUAGAAGCUAUUGGAAGAAUUGCGGAAGAAUGCCGUGCAUGUUAUGAAGGAGAAAUUGGUUUUGCUGAAAAGAAUUUCAUAGAGAUGAUGGUGGUUGAUGGUUGCUUUAUUAUUGAAUUCUUUCGCAAAGCUUCAAAUGAGUUGCAACGAGACGAGGAAGACCCCGUAUUCAAUAUGCCAUGGAUGAAAUGGCGAUUAUUAAAUGAUCUGAAUCUACUUGAGAAUCAGCUUCCUUGGCGCGCACUUAACUGUUUGUUCAACUUGACCAAAUCAGGUGCUGAACAGAGGUCCCUACCUAAUCUUGUCCGUUUGUUUCUCCCAUUUGAAUGGUCCCCUCAUGAUAACCUCAAACACGAGCAUAUACUUGAUUACAUACGAAACUCCUUAAUUGGAACUUGUACAGUAACACCCAUUGAUGCUAGUGUAAUCUUGCAUCCGGAGCAGAUUCCAUCUGUGACAGAACUUGUGCAAACUGGAGUUAGAUUCAAAGUUGGAAAUUACAGAAACUAUGGUCCGCUCAAUGUAACUUUUAAAGAUGGAGUGAUGACAAUCCCACAGAGGUUUGUUUCAGAGGAUAGUGAAUAUGUGCUCAGAAACCUCAUCGCAUUUGAACAAUGUGAUCCAAGCAAGGACUAUAAAAUCACCUCUUAUGCUAAGCUAUUGGAUGACCUUAUUAACACUAGUCAAGAUGUAAAUUUUCUCAAACACCAAGGAAUUCUAAAAGUCAAUUUGAGUAGUGAGGACGUAGCAAGUUUCUUCAACAGGAUUUAUAGGGAUGCUGCAAUCCACGGUGUUUUCCUUUACUCGGAUCUCUACCAUGAAGUGAAUGCAUAUUGUAGGUGUCAUCGGAACAUAUGGCAAGCAACUUUAAGGCGCGAUUAUUUUAACAAUCCAUGGACGAGUUUGUCUGUCAUGGCUGCAAUCACAAUUCUAGUUUUUAGCUUUUUACAAACCCUUUUUUCUAUCCUCUCUUACUGUCGAUGCACCUCUUAG